CUGGACAAACAUGCCUUCAAUUUUCCAGAAUUCUAAUAAUAGAAUGUGACGUUUCCGGGAAAACUUGUAGAAUAAUUUUAGAAUGAUCAAAGUGGUGUUGUGAAUAUAGUGUUUAUAAUAUUAUACAACAAAAAUGUCAGCCUUUGGUGGAGGAACCAGUAUGCAGAGUGGAGUGAUCGACAAUCUACUAAAUAUGCCUAGUGCUGAUCUCCGAGCACAGAUCGGCGACUUUGGUAUGGCAGAAGAGACAUCUGCACAACCAAUGAUUAAUGCUCCUAUGCAAGAUAUGUCUCCAAUGCUAACCAGUUCAUCCAUAAUGCCAGAACGUGUUAUUCAACAAACUCAACCACAACAGUUCCAACCUAAACCUAGGGCACCCAUUGAAGAGCUAAUGCCAUAUGUUGAAAUUACUGAACAGCCUAGACAAAGAGGAUUACGGUUCAGAUAUCAGUGUGAAGGAAGAUCAGCAGGCAGUAUACCAGGGCAGAGUAGUACAGCUGAAAAGAAAACUUUUCCAACAAUUAAAAUACAAAAUCACAGAGGUCCAGCUAUAGUUGUUGUAUCAUGUGUAACAAAAGAUUCUCCCUACAAGCCUCAUCCUCAUUGUUUAGUGGGUAAAGACUGCAAGAAGGGAGUCUGUACAGUCAAAGUAAAAGAUACUACAGUAGUCAGUUUUCCUCACUUGGGGAUACAGUGUGCUAAGAAGAAAGGUAUUGAGGAAUCAUUAAAAUUAAGGAAGACAAUUAAUGUUGACCCCUUUCAAACUGGAUUUGAAUUUAAUAAUGUAUCAUCAGAGAUGAAUGCAGUAAGAUUGUGUUUUCAAGUCUUUUUACCAGACAGUAAUGGGAAGAUAACCAAAGUUUUACAGCCAGUUGUCUCUCAUGCCAUACAUGAUAAAAAGGCUUUGAAUGAUUUGGUCAUCUGUAGACUUGAUAGAAGUUCAGGAAAAGCUCAAGGUGGAGAUGAAGUCUUUCUAUUAUGUGAAAAGAUUAACAAAGAUGAUAUUGGUGUGAGGUUUUAUGAAGAAAGUGUUGAUGGAACAGUAGUAUGGGAGAAUUAUGGUGAAUUCGGAGCUGGAGAUGUGCAUCGACAGUAUGCUAUUGUGUUCAGGACACCACCAUAUAGAGAAUGUUAUAUUAGUCGACCGUUUGAUGUUCAUAUGCAAUUACAGCGACCUUCAGAUGGCGAAACCAGUGAACCCAUCAGCUUUACAUAUAUGCCUGAAGACCCAGACCCAGAUAGAAUUGAAGAAAAGAGAAAGAGAAAAGCUGAAAGAAUGGUAACUCUUGAACAAGAUAUCGGGGCUGGACCAAGAUGUGGUGGAGCCAAUGUAAAUGUCAAGGACGGACUAAGAAAUAAGUUAAAAGCAAAUAGAAAGUUCACACAAGCAGAAAUUAAAACUGAAGUUACUACACCAGUUUUGCCAUCCUAUUCGCUCGGUAAUAUUAACACAUCUGGUUAUGAAACCAACCCGUCUAAUAGUUCAUCAUUUAGUUUCCGUACAACAGAUAAUACAACUAUGGGAAACAUCACUAUCGCUCCUAACAACAAUUUAGCUCAGCAUUCAGAAGCCAUAAAACCAAACCAGGUGUAUAACAUCAUGCAAGAUCUAACUCAACAGGGAGUUAAUUACACAACUGGGCAAAGCUCAUUCGAUUCCUCAAAUAUAGAUCCACAAGUUUUAAUGGAAUAUUUACAAGAUAAUGGUUUGGAUGGUCGAGACAUAUUAUCAUUUGAAUCAUUGGAUAUGUUGAGUGGUGGUACAGCGGAGAGCUUGUUGACGGGUUUACAACAAGUGGGUGCAAAUGAACUAGUAGCCAGUGAGGUGCCAGAUUGUCAUAUGGACUCAGAAACUUUUCAAAAUGCCCAUGAUGUUCUCAACCAGCUUCAAAAUUAAAAGAAAUUUUGAACUCUUUUUUAAAUAAAUAAAAAAAAUCAUGAGUGCUAUAACAGACAGUAAAUGAACAAGUGUUAAAUAUUUUUGAGAAUUGUUAUUUUAUGUGCUGUUGUUGGAUAAAGUGUUUGUUGCUGACUCAAACAGUAGUUUUUUUUAAACAAAAAAAACCCAAUAGUAAUGACCUAUGUCAUGUUUCAUUUUGGAGAAGUGCUAUGGUUACAUAAUUAUUAUGUUUACAAGAACAUAAGGGCCUUCAUCUUUUAGUUCUUCAGUACAUUGAAGAAUAUCAUUCAUUAAUAUUUUUUUGAUAAAUUAAAGUUAAUAAUUGCUAGAAAAUGAAGAGAUAAUUUUAUUGUGUAUAGUUCAGUGAAUAUAUGUAUUUAUGCCUUACGUUUAGAUUUAAUACCUAGUUUUAUUAAUUUAAAUGAUUACAUUAAGUGUACUAUGAUUGCUUUUAGUAUUAGCUUGCAAAAUAAUAUGAUACAUUGAGACCUUUGUUCAUGUACAUAUAUGUAUUUACAUGUUUUAAUAUAUAGACAGUUUAACUAUUUGAUAAUGUAGAAAUUAAGUUGUAUUUUAAACUAAGUCGAUUAAAUUUGGUAAAUUAACAGUAAAUAAAAAUUGACAAAUUAACAGAAAAUAAAAUUUGACAAAUUAACAGAAAAUAAAAUUUAACGAAUUAACAGUAAAUAAAAUUUGACAAAUUAAUAGUAAAUGCCAUUUGUCAUAAUAGUAAUUAAAAUUUGACAUUCUGUUUCAAAAUUACUUGCUUAAGGGACAGACAUCAGUUAUUCAAGAGACAGGUCACUGUUUAACAAAACGUAUCAAAGAUUUUACUUUACGUUACUUUAGCUUCAUUUGAACAGGGAAAAUGCCUGGUUAUGAGGAGUGAAAAUAAAUAAAUAGUAUUGCUUGACAAAAGAUUAUUAAUUAAUGAAAUAUAUAAAGUCACAACAUAAUAUUAUUACAUAUUUGUGUUUAAUGUAAAACCAUGUUAUUGUUACUAUAAAUGAUUAAACCUCUUUGAUUUGGGUAAAAACUUGUCAGUUUUAUUGGAUUUACAGAGACUUGACACAGUGAGCCAAAAUUUAAACUAAAUUGAAUAAACAAGCUGACUUCCACUGUAUGGAGCUUGCCUCCCAUCAUUGAUUAAAUUAACACAUCAGAUGAAUCCAAUUUAACACUUUAUUUUGACCUAGGCCAAAGGGGUUUAACUGCUUUAAAUGAUUGCUUAUGUUAUAUGUAUAUAUUUUAUAUUUUAGCUUGUGUUGAGAAUUUUUAAAGUUUAUAUACAAAUCGAUUCUCAUCAGUUUGGCAGCAAAUUAAUUUGCAUUUACAUUGCACACUGCUGUGUGUUUAUACAUGUUAAUGUAGCUAAGUCUCUAACUCAAUAUUAUCCAAAGUCUUCGACAUUGACAACACAAAUUAUUUGUCAAUUUAAAUCAACAUUGAUGUUGUGAUCUUACCGGGAAGAGAUGGGCUUCUGAUAUCCAAUAUUUAAGACAAAAUAAACAUUUUACCAUUGGUACAUGAAUCGUAUACCAUAAUGCAUUUCAA